AUGUCGGAUUCCAAAUCAGCCGACCUGCUGCAAUAUGCACAGGAAUAUGCCUCCAAAGAUGAAGACCUCUACGAACUUCUCGGCGUCGAUGCCCUCACACCCAAAGAGGAGAUUCACCGCGCUUGGAGAAAGCGCUCUCUAAAGUAUCACCCCGACAAAGCAGGCGAUAAAUUCGACCCAGAAGUAUGGGAAAAGUUCGAACGUGCCCGCGACAUCCUUUCCGACCCCGGGGCGCGCGGUGCCUACGACGGCGCCAUCAAGGCCGCCCUCCUACGGAAACAAGAGCGCGAAGCUAUGGAUCAGAAGCGCAAGGCUCUAGUCGACGAUCUUGAAGCUCGAGAAAACGCUUGGAAGGUUCAGCGAGAAGAAAAGGAGCAACGGGAGAAGGAUGAGAUAGAGAAGGAAAGGGCACGACUUGUCGAACAAAGGCGUCUGCGCGAAGAGGAGGAACAGCGUCAAGCUUCUGCUGCGCAAGAAGUCGAGGAUCUUGCUGAAGCAAAGAGACGUCUGAAGGAAAAGAAGGAGAAGAAGAAGCAGGAUGAGGCGAGGGAGAAGUUUCUGCGUAAGUCGCGAAUGGCCGCAGAGGCUACAGAUGGAAAGCCAGCACCUGGCCCAGUCAACGGUGCCAUAAACGUGCCAGGAGAUUACUCGGUGGAUUUUGGCACGGAACAGAAACUUUACUGGGAAUUAGUCUGUGACAAGCUGCGUGCGGUUCAGGCCGUCAAAAACCUGCAAAAGAAUCAAGCAACGCCGGCAGAGUACCAACAAGCAGAGCAAGGCCUACUCGAAGCAAAGACGAGGAUUCACCAGGCUGAAGUGCGAUUUGCUGAGCAGGCAUCUAUAUCAUGA